AUUUUGUCUUAAUUCUUCAUGUUGAUCACAUAAUAUUAAAUUAUGAUCAAAAAUAUGCAAGAACAAUUUUUGACAAGUAGACUGUUAGUGUAUCAAUUUAAAUUUUAAAUCAUCCACAUAUUUGUGCCUUAAAGGUGAAACCGCACUAGGCGUAACUACACUAAAACGCAACAGAGCGACGCGACACGCCAGAAUUAUUAUUUGUGUGACAUUGUAUGGGCCAAACCGUAUUACGCGACAGCAAAACUACACGACAGUGAAGUUACGCCUAGUGCGGUCUUACCUUUAGUCGUGUUCGAGCAGGUAUAUAUAUCGAUAGUACAUGAGUGACUUUGUGAGUAAUUGUGACUACUAAAAAUGACAUCACAACGCCGCCGUAAAGCAUUUACUGUUGAGGAAAAAGAGGCAAUAAUAAGCAGAUUAGAAAAAGGCGAAUCAAACUCACGAAUUGCAAAGGAAUUUGGGGUCAGCCAUUCAACAAUAUCGACGAUUUUCAAAAACAAGAAACUGAUUAAGAAAUCGUACAAUUUAAAUGUUUUAAAAUCAAAGAGGCUUCGGAAAUCCUCAUAUGAAAAAGUAGACCAAGCAUUAUUUCAGUGGAUUAAAAUCAGAAAAAAUAAGGGUGUACCCAUCAGCGGUUCCAUGUUACAGGAAACGGCGAACAUUUUUGCUAUGCAUUUUGGGAUUGUCGAUUUCAAUUGCUCUGCAAGCUGGAUAUGCCGUUUUAAAGUUCGGCAUAACAUUAUCAUGGGUAAAAUCACUAGCGAAACAGCGCAUGUUGAUAAUAAUGGAAGUUCUUCCACAAACUGGUUGACUCUUUGGCCGGAUCUACGACGAACAUUUUCUGAUGACGAAAUUUUUAAUGCUUAUGAAACUGGACUGUUUUACAAUUCAAUGCCGCACCAUACUUUAACAUUAAAGGGUGCGAAUUGCAGCGAGGGUGAGAUGUCGAGUUGCAGGUUCACUGUUAUGAUAGCAGCUAAUAUGAGCGGUACGGAGAAAAAGAAAUUGCUCGUUAUUGGAAAAUCAAAGCCUUUCGCAGGUGGUGCCGAAUCGUUAUCUGUAGAUUAUGCACAAAAUAGUAGAGCUUGGAUGACUUCAGACAUUUUCGAAAAAUGGCUUCUGGAUUGGGAUCUGCAUUUGGGAAAAAAGGGGAAAAAGAUUUUAUUGCUAGUGGACGAUCGCUUGGUGCAUUCUAAUGUUACUGGUUUAAAGUCUAUAUCACUCACUUUCGUACCAUCGUCGACAGCCUUACAGCCAAUGGAGCUAGGAGUAAUACAGUCAUUCAAAACUAAUUUUAGAAAGAAUUUUGUGCUUCAAAUGUUAAAUUAUCUCGAUAAUAAUAAAAUCCUCGUUAAAAAUAUCAAGACUCAAGACGCGAUUCUAAUGGCUAAUGAUGCCUGGAAAAAAUUGUCACAAUCUACUAUUCAGAACAGUUUUGAGCGUGCAGGCUUCAAUAGGAACCAUGAUAGGUGGCCAGUUCAAAUAGAACAAAAUGUAUUAGAAGAAAAUGACGUCCCCUUUUCCUCAUGGAUACGAAAUCUUAAUUUAAAUUCAAUCGCACCACCUGGUUUGUGGGAAGAUUAUGUUAAUAUUGAUAGUUCUCUCGUCACAUCUAAAGGGCACAUUAAUAAUAUCCUACCAUUCCUAUCGACCAGCAAAACAGAAGGACAUGGAACUGAUUACUAACCUCAGCAACCUACAGAAGUAGAAGCAUUGAAAGCUAAACAAACAUGUUUCCAAAACAACAUUUCAGAAUGAUAAUGUGACCAUGGUCCAUGGCCGAUGUCUUAUUCGCACAAUAGUGUUAACGACUGCUGUAUGAAAUAACGCAAAGAAAGCAAGCAAAUCAAUGUUUAUACUUUAAAAUUUGGGCGGAAAAUAGGAACUCUCGAAACUUCAGAAAAGUUUAUUUUCGUCUUCUGCGCUCUAGUCCCUUCCUCGAAGUAAGACAAAACAAAAUAAGUAUUAAGGAAAAGUUGCUUAAUAAUUUAAAAUAAAUAAAGUCACAUUAACCGAGAUUAGAAUUUGAUUUGAGCAUUUUGUGUCCU